GCAGGAAAAUGGAGGGUUUAUGUGAUUUUUUGAGAGGCCUUUCAUUCUAAACCCGUCCAUAGUUUCGUCUUGGAUUCCUCUUCUCAAUGCAUCGACAAAAUCGCCCCUUGAUAUGUCAGUCAGAAUUGUUCUAGACUGCGAAACAGAUUCCUUCAUAGCUGGCUCAGAAAUCACUGGAAAUGUGAAAAUCGACCUGGACAAGCCGCACUACGCCAGAGGGCUUGUAGUGAAACUCGAAGGGCUGGCUAAACUCAGCUGGAUCGAACCGUACAAAACAAAGCUAGGUCUUCUGAGGAAAUUUAAAUUCGUGAAGUACAGCUCAGAAGAAACAUACUUGACAAGUAAAUUUUACCUCGUGGGACAUUCGACUGGAAGAGUUUAUUUUCCAUCUGGAGAAAAUGUUUUCAAAUUUAAAGUAUCAGUGCCACUCCAUUUGCCGUCGUCUUUCGAAGGUGGAAGAGGAUAUGUCAGGUACAGCAUUUCCGCCUUCAUCGACAUUCCGGGGAAGACAGAGCACGAAGCGACAUCGCCUAUUACCAUCAUCAUGCCGCGCGCUCCCAAAGAAGAACUUAUGACAACAAAAGCUCCGGUGAAGAAAGACGUGCAGAAAACGAUCCGACGCUGUAGUUGCCUCCGUUCCGGCAACCUCUCCUUGCAAGUUAGCAUACCGCAGAAGUUCUUCAAUCUCAGCGAAACUAUCCCGGUGAUUAUAGACAUGGACAACUCGAGCACCUCAAACGUGGAAAAGAUCGAUUGUAAAAUAGAAAAGGUAGCUGCAUUUGUUAAAGAACCAGUUCAAAACUUGGUCGCCGAAAUCCCCUUAAUAAUCCUCAAUCCAGACGAAUCUUGUACAAAGUAUUUAGAGAACAUCAAAUCAACCGAUGAGGUGGUCCAAACCAAGAAUGAAUUAGGGCAAUCAUUUGGUAAGAACAGCAUGGAAAAAAUGCAUGCACAAGAAAGGGCUAAAAAGCCCUUGGGGAAGGUAACGGCUUGUUCACGUCAAUCAAAUUUAUGAAAAAUAUAAUUAUUAAAAACAAUCAAAAGGCAUAACAUUCUGUUAUCAAUAAUGGAUAAGUUUCAUUGCCUUUUCCCCCUGGUCUCAACAAACCCUGUGGACAAAAACAAAUAAAUAUUGUAGAUUAUAUUAUGAAGUACCAGGAAAAAAUGAAGAUGGCAUCUAAACAAACCUGCAACAUUAACACUUUGCAAAGGAUUUUAUAUUUUUAAGUGGACAAAAAUCAACCACAGAUGGCGUCCAACUGACCAAGCCAGAGAGAAUAGGCACUUGUUGACCAAAUUUUGUUCAACUUAUGUUGGUGUGCGUACAUCUCCCAAUAUAUAUUUUCUUGCUAAAUAACCAAAGUGUCCACCUACCACCAUUAAAUAAUUUGAUAUUUUGAAGUAGAUUUACUAUUAUGAAUGAAAAAAAAACAAAAAAAAACUACCAAAUAUGGUGUCCGGCUGAACAAACCAAGGAGAAUAGGCACUUAAACCAAUAAUGAUCAAUGACGAAAUUUCUUUUGACUUAUGUCGGUGUAUGCACAUUUACGAAUAUAUAUUUUCUUUCUUAAUAACCAAAGCAUCCACCUAUCGCCAUGAAAGAAUUUGAUAGUUUUAAGUAGAUUAUAAAUGAAAAAAACCCAAAGAUGGCAUCUGACAGACCAAGCCAUGAAGAAUAGGCACUUAAUGACCAAAUUUCGUUUGACUUAUGUUGGUGUGCGUAAAUUUCUGAAUAUAUAUAUUUUCUUCCUUAAUAACCAAAGCAUCUACCACCAUGCAAAGAUUUGGGAAUUUUUAAAUAGAUUUUCUAUUAUGAAUUAAUGAGAAAUAAAAAUGAAGAUGGCGUCUGACUAAACAAACCUGCAACAUUAACACUUACACCAAUAAUGAUCGGUGACCAAAUUACUUUUG